GCUGUUUACCAUCUAUUUUUAUUAGAUAUAAAAAUUUUUUAUAUAGUAACUCGAAUGUUAGGUUACAUGUGGAAGAGAUAUAAUCUAUAUAAGUUUAUAUACCGAUACAAUAGGCGUAUAGUUUGGAUAGUAUUUUCUUAUUGCACUUGUAAUUCUUAUUUUGUCCACAUCUGUCGUUGAAGUCGCAUACCCUACAAACGAAAGAUGGUAAACAACCUUCAGGUAUCGUGAUGGAAAGUUGGGUUACUAUAACACCUUGUCUUCAACAAGGUUUGAAAAUUGCAAAUCGAAUCGAUAAUGGUAAAUUUCGAUUACUUGUUAAUCGCAUAUGUCAAAAUUUGCAAUCUACUAGUAAUGUAAAACCAUUCAAUGAAGAAGAAGAAGAGAAACUUUUAGUAUCUUUAGAAUUGAAUAAAGAGGAAUUAACUUUUUUGUUAGAUGCAGUAACACUUAUUUACAAACAAGCUGCGUUUAAUAUAGUGAAGUCAGCAGAAUUCGAAUCUACUUUAAAAGAUACUUGUAAAUUAGACGAAGAUAAAACGUUAAUUUUCGUUAAUUCAUGGUUAAGUUAUGGUAAAGGAAUUAUCGAAUGUCUCAGAAAAAGAUCUAUAUUUCCUACACAGGUAAAAGAUAUUAAUUGGUGUUUAAAUAUACAAUCAUCAUCUUCAACAAUUUCCAAAGAUGCUAGUCCUAUGACAUUAUUUCAGUUAGACUUUACAGGAUUCGAUGAUACCUGGCUCAAGGAGGCUUAAUUUCGCUGGCGGUGCAUCCGUAUAAUUCUCACGGCCAUGUAUUCUGGCACCGCAGGUCCAAAGACCUUCUUGCUCGGCCAGGGCAUGGCUCAACCUGACGCUGCAAUCCCUUGAUUCGCUUCCGGCUGCUGGGAAUUGUUUCACCACUACGGUCGUAUUAGAAUUCACUGGUGUCAAGGACCAUCGACAUUGUUCUACUGGCAAUGAUGUUACACAUCGUAGGAGUAUGGUACCACCCGAUGAUAUUUGAAUGUCCUGCGAGAGUUCUGAAAAUUUCACUUCGUCUGAAAGGAAGAGAAGCAUUAUUUAACAAUCGUAUACGUCGAUUUUCUUACAUGUCUCUUUUCUAACAAAAGCUUACCCUGUUCGAAUGUUAACAGUUUGACGAAUGGAGAAGACAGCAUCGUAUUAAGUGACGGUAUGGAUACCUGACAAUUCCACAAUCCUUGUUCCUCGUUGCGAACGUGUGAAAGAACGAGUGAACAAUCCCUGCCAAGAUCACCGUUACUUGGGAAUUCUCGAAGCACGAUCUCAGGAUCGUUUCCAUGAAGUGCUUUCCAACUCCAGACACAUUUCUCUACGCGGCUAUUAGUGAUACAUUUCAAGGUAACUUCGGUACCUAGAGGGACUGUGAUAUCUGUUGGUAUUUCCACCAAGUUCACUUUAGCUGAAACGUAUAAAGACAUAAGAAAGAAAGCUCUCGAGCUCGUCUUUCUUGAAUUAAAAAGGAAAAUCUUGUUCCAAUGCUUACCCGAUGGUAAAAGACUCACAGUUGCCGAUGGUGCUUCAUGGAGUAUACCGUCAGGUGACAAUCGAAUUCCACAAGUCCACAGUCCUUCUUCCUCGUAAAGGAUGUUUUUAAAUCGUACGGAGCAGUCGUGAUCGGCAUCUUUAUUUGGAGCGAACGUCUUUACGAGUAAAGGUUCCUUACUCGAGUUCGUUGCUCUCCAGGACCACUCACAGCGUAUUACGGGUUUAUUGACCAAGCACCUUAGGAGCACGGAUUCACCGGCAGCCACUUGUACGCCUCGAGACAACUGCACGAAUUCAACUGAAAUAAGAUAUUAAUUUAGAAAGUGACAUGAAUAAGAGAAACUACGCAAACGUAACGAAGAAAUGGGAUUGAAUUUCCUAGACUAUUGCAUUUUCGCAUACCUUCAGAUAUCAAAAAUCGAACUGGAUUCGAUCGUACAAAUGACGAGUUUGGAUCUAUACGUGCGCCACAACUCCAAUAGCCUUCUUGUUCCGCUAGAACAUUUUUGAACUUGAUGCUGCAAUCGGUGCUGUCGUUUCCAAAAGCUGGAAAUUUCUUUACUUCUAAGUUCCAAGGUUCGGAUUGGUUCAAUCUUCGCCAAGACCAUUGACACUCACGUACAGGUAAUUUUGUUCUGCACAUUAUUUGUGCGGAGGAGCCUGCUACAACCUCUAUCGCUUCUUCGUGUUUAACGAAGG